AUGACUGAACCGGUAGAUGGUAGUCUCGGUCUGUCAGUAGGGGAACUUGAAGUCUUUCUGUUGCUGCAGAGAGCCAAUCUGUCCCAGUAUUUUAAAGCUUUCAUUGACCACGGCGGCGAUGAUGUACGGCAACUCGUGGAGAUGCUCAAGGAUCCACAGGCUUUCGAUGAUCUACUCAGGCUAGUCGGAAUGAACAAGAAACCCUUGCAUAUCAGACGCUUCCAAAGGGCACUGCAGGAGUUUUCUGGCAUAUCACGCAACGGGUCGCCUAACACUAUUUUCUCACAGAUUCAGAACCCUUCCUUGCUGGAAAACUUACCCAAGCAACCAGCGUUUUCCUCUAUAACGACACCGUUAUCUCCCUUACAAACUUCAAUAUUUCCAUAUUCGCUUCACUUUCCUUCACUGGUUCCUGGUGCGUUGAGAGGGACCUGCAGUCCCCAGAACGCGGUUACCACUGGCAGUGUAUGGCCUGCACUUUCAAGUUCAUCAAAGACCUUUCUACCCGGUUCGACUUUCCAGCUGUUGAUGACGUCGAAUGCCCAAGCGACUACAAUUCCCCAGCCAACAACGCCAAGUGAAGAUAAUGUUCAACUGAAAGAUGUUCGGUCCAUGCACUCCACGACUUCGACUGCUAUUUGGAUGGGAGUAUCGACUCAAGCGCCUGCAUACUGGAAGCAAGACAAGGAAGAAGCAAGCAAACAGGAACCCUUUAGAACAUCUCCGCAAGGUUCACAUGAUGACAAAUCCCCAAUGACUAGCGCAACACCUGCCCUUUCCCUCUCGGUGAACGACCCUGCUGGUAUGAGUAAACCCCGGCAUAGUCGAAUGAAAGCAAAACGCAAAGUAGAAGAACAUGGCGGUUAUCCAGAUCCACUUGGCAAGUCAAGAAGUGGACUAUACCGGCGCUCCGAGUCCGUGUGUCAGAUCUUGGAAGUCCGUCCAAGUGCCGCCCUUAUGCUUACCGAUAUGUCUAAGCUAAACGCCGCAUUUAACGCCAUGAUAUACUAUCUACCAGUUUUCCGUAUUCGCAAACUCAACGCAAGAAAUUCCAGAGACAGAGAGUUACAGAAGCUUCUGAGUCUACCACAAAACGAUGCAACAAGACUGGAAGGCAUACGAAGCCAUUCCGUGAUAUUUGGCCGUUUCGAUGCAGUUAAACGUCUUAAUCGACCACUCCGACACUUUGAAAUGUGUGUCAAUGAGAUCACCCAACGUUUGGUGCAACAGUUCCCGGAAUUGGUUACUCAACGCGAGCAUCUGUUUCACAUUGCCCGCCAGAUUGUCAACAUCACGAAUUACGGAAUGACGAUUAAGGAAAGUGGUGAGAUCAUUUGGGGAAUGUUGGAGCCUGACCUACUGGGCAAAUCAGUUGCCGAAAACGGCUCCUUGAACCAUUCCCCAGAAGGAGAAAUGACUAAUCCAAAUUCCGAACCCACGAAGGAAACGUAUUUGAAGAUUUUGGGACAUCUGAAGAUAGAAAUGCAGGAGUUGGUAGACAAGGAAAGUGAACUUCGUGAAAAAAUUCAGAAUUUCAAAAGAGACAAGGGUACUCUCACCCAGUCUCAGCCGCGACGCUUAUUGGAACGUGUAAUCUGCAAAUUGCACGACCGUCUCCAAAGUACUGCGAAAUACGUUGUGUUGCAUAAAAGCACCGCGGACGAGUGAAUUGGAAGGCCGCAAUCAAGUCAAUGAAAGCAACACUCAGACGUUUAUCAAACUGACAUCCUCUCAUGAGGACAGUGUGGGCUAUAUUAAUGCAUUCUCUUUUGAUCAUUUAAUCAACGCAACGAUAAAAAUGCCACUGUCAAUUCACAGACCCAAUUUCUAUCGAACCGACAGUGACAUUAU